AUGGCCAGUCAUCGGCCGAAGCGCAAAAGUAGCACAAAGACGUUUCUCGAUGAUAAUGCUACGGCAAAUGGAGUUCGUGGAGAAGAUAUGCCACCUCUUAAGAAGACCCGGCGGUCUUCUCCCGAUCGAUCUACAAGCCGGGCUGUCGAACAGACGGCGAAGCCCCAAACAAGGACAACAAGAAGUACGGUAGCUGCUGAAACUGAUGAGAGUACGGAUAACAUAUUUUCGAAGGGACCAAGCAGGGCUAAACGGGCUAAACGGAGCCAAAAGGAGAGGGAUAAGGAGAGGGGGGAGCAAGAACAAAAACCGGAGCCACCUGCUGCUCCUCAGGAGAGCACAACGGCAUCGCGAACAACAAGGCCCCCUAAAGGUGGAUCUCCGAGUAGGUCGAGGCGGACACGAGUAGAACGUGCGCCAGUUCCAGAGCCAGCACCUAAACCGGAACCAGAACCACAGCCCCAGAUUAAACCAAAAUCUCGAUCCCGAACAAAAAAUAUAGAAAAUGAGAAGCCAUUGCCGACCCCGAGCGCGAGGCCACCAGCGACUACGCGGAAAACGAAAGCACAGGUCCUAGAAACUCCUGGAAGAAACGCACCAAAAGUUCGACGUUCGCCGAGGAAUGCUGCAUCCGAAGAGGAACUAUCAAAGGAGGAAGAUGAGGUUGGGGGAGAUAAGCCCCUGAAGAUUCCACUGGCUGCUAUCGAAGACACGCCAUUGGUGAGGAAGAAGAACAAGGAGAUGCGUGAAGCAAAAGGCCACCGGAGAAGUAGCAUGGGUAUGCGCGGUAGAAGAGCCAGCUCUUUAUCAAAUGGGUUUAUCGCGGCACCACAUCCAGAUGUCCUACCCAACGACUUCUAUAAGCACCUAGAUCCUGAGAUGAUAGAAACCCAGCGUAUGCAACAACUUUUAGCUUGGUGCUCCAAGUGUGCUUUGAGUGAGAAGAGAGCACGUGGCCGUGAUGCCCAGUCAAAUGCCCGGGCUGCAGCACGCGUGAUCGAAGAAGAUAUAUUGGCAGACCUCACUGAGAAAAAGCUCAAUGUGAAUUGGUGGGAUGCUUCAGAGGAAACGGAAAGCACCGCAGACGUACCCAAGAAACCCAAUCCCAAAAACGAGGACCACAAACGGAAGAUCGAAGCGCUAGAAAAACAAUUGGAACAGUUAAACUGUGAAAAGAAAGCUUGGUCUGAGAUCUGUGAAAAGGCCCCCGGAAAAAUGCCAAGGAGUCAAAAGGAAGGAGGGAUGCGGCCGGAAGACUUGGAUGUCGCCUUGUUGCGACCAGAAGAAGCUGCUGUUAUUCCAAAGUUUGAGAAUUCUGACAAAGCGAUUGGGCAAAUCCAAGACGUCAUAUCAAAGGGCCGUGGGUCAUUGGAAUUCAAAGUGGAUCAGUUUUCACAUGGUAUGCACAAAGCCCAGCAGUAUAGUCUGUACGCAAAGGGCGUAACGGAAAAGGUUCUUGGAAAGGCUUCGUCUGUGCUAGAUGUGAGGCAGGAAGCAGCAAUGAAGGCAGCCGGGACAACGGCAUUGCCUCUACACGAGGUUUUAAAAUCCAUAUCACACCUAGAUCGAGGUUGA